GAGGAAACUUCUCCAAAGAAGGCUAAAAAAGACAAACAUUCUGAAAAGGAAGUUGCUUUACAGCAAGAAUUAGAAACACUUCAGGCAGAACUUGAAGAAUCAAAAGAUAAAUACCUUCGUCUUUUUGCAGAGUUUGAUAACUUCAAAAAAAGAAGUGUCAAGGAGCGUUUUGAGCUCAUGAAAACAGCAGCGCAAGAGACUAUUACUGCAAUGUUGCCUAUUUUGGAUGACUUUGAUAGAGCCAAAAAAAGUGCAGAAAGUGGCGCCGAAACAUUUAGCGAAGGUGUACAACUCGUAUAUCAUAAACUUUAUACAACACUAGAGCACAAAGGUCUCAAAGCGAUGGAGUCUACAGGCAUAGACUUUGAUCCUGAAUGGCACGAAGCCAUCACAGACAUACCUGCACCGACAGAAGACCUUAAGGGUAAAGUCAUAGACACCGUUGAAAAAGGCGUAGAUAAAAAUGCCGACGAAGGAACCAUAAAAAAGGCUUACCGAAAAGUAGCUAUGCAGUUUCACCCUGAUAGAAAUCCGGGUGACAAAGCGGCAGAGGACAAGUUUAAGGAAGCUGCAGAAGCUUACGAAGUACUCAGCGAUGGUAAUAAAAAGGCUAGAUACGAUAGAUAUGGUCAUGCCGGUAUGGAAAAUAUGGGUGGUGGCGGAUUUUCAGGCGGUGGAAUGAAUAUGGAAGAUAUCUUUGCACAUUUCGGUGAUGUAUUUGGCGAAGGUGGAAGUCCGUUUGAAAGCUUUUUUGGUGGAUCACAAGGUGGAUCACGAAGCAGAACCGGACAGAAAGGUAGCAAUCUCAGGAUAAAAGUAGCACUUACCUUAGAAGAAAUAGAAGCCGGUGUCACCAAAAAAAUUAAAGUAAAAAAACAAGUCACUUGCAAAACUUGUGAUGGAUCAGGUGCCAAAGAUAGAAGUAGUAUAUCUACGUGUGGUACUUGCCAAGGAUCGGGAUAUGUAAGGCAAAUAAAAAAUACUUUCCUAGGACAAAUGCAAACAACUGCUGUAUGUCCUACUUGUAAUGGUAGCGGCAAAAAAGUCACUGCUUCUUGCGGAACUUGUAGAGGGGACGGUCGUACGACAGAUGAAGAAUUGAUCGAAAUUCCAAUACCUGCAGGCGUUCAAGACGGAAUGCAAUUGUCUAUGCGUGGUAAAGGAAAUGCAGGUCAAGCGGGCGGACCAUCAGGUGAUUUGCUCAUUAGUAUUGAAGAAAAACCACAUGCUGACCUAAGUAGAGAAGGCAAUCAUGUGGUAUAUGACUUAUUUUUGAAUUUUGCAGAUACUGCACUUGGUACACAAGCAGAAGUGCCAACGCUAUCGGGCAAGGUGAAAAUAAAAAUUCCUGCAGGUACACAGUCAGGCAAGAUAUUGAGAUUAAAAGGCAAAGGAUUUCCGAGUAUGCAACAAUAUGGCAAAGGAGACCAGUUGAUCAAUGUCAAUGUAUGGACACCAAAAAACCUGACAGCUGAAGAAACCCAAUUAUUAGAGAAAAUGCGAACCAUGUCUAAUUUUAAUCCUAAACCAGGAGAUGGAGAGAAGGGAAAAAAGAAAUCUGUCUCCAGCUUGCUCAUCACAGGAAUAGCUGAUAAAGGCAAAGCGGUGGGAAGGACUUCAGAAGGUGAAGUGAUAUUUGUAGAUGGUGUGGUUCCCGGUGACGUAGCGGAUGUAUUGGUAUAUAGAAGAAAAAAAUCUAUGAGCCAAGCCAUCGUUACAAAAUUUGUUACCUACUCACCUGAUAGAAUAGAAGCUGCGUGUCAACAUUUCGGUGUAUGUGGUGGUUGCAAAUGGCAGCAUCUAGCCUACGAAGCGCAACUAAGGCAUAAGUUCCAAACCGUAAAAGAUAGUGUACGGCGUAUUGCAAAAUUGGACGAAAGUCUAGUCUUACCUAUCAUAGGAUGUGAAGACAAUUUUACAUACAGGAAUAAGCUUGAAUAUAGUUUUUCUUCCAAAAGAUGGAUCACUACCCAAGAAGCAGCAGGAGAUGAAGUCAUAGACCAACCUGGUGCUGUAGGUUUUCACCGUCCAGGAUCAUUUGAUAAAAUUGUGGAUAUAGAAACAUGUCUUUUGCAAGACGACUUGUCCAAUCAGAUUAGGAAUUUUGUGCGGACGUACGCUCAUGAACAUGAUUAUUCAUUUUACGAUAUCAAGUCACAGAAAGGUUUUCUCCGAAAUAUGAUCGUGCGCAAUACAACACAAGGCGAGUGGAUGUUGAUCAUGAUUUUUGGCCAUCAUGAUGGUGAUAAAAUUAAAGCCAUUAUGGGUGAGUUGGAAGCAAAGUUUCCACAACUUACUUCCUUAAACUAUGUCAUUAAUACCAAGGUAAAUGAUACGAUUUUUGAUCGUGAUGUGGCGCUAUGGUCGGGUAGGUCUUAUAUCGUGGAGAAACUCAGAGAUGUAAAAUAUCAAAUAGGUACAAAGUCGUUUUUUCAGACCAAUCCAAAACAAGCUGUCAGAUUAUUUGAUGUGGCACUAGAUUUUGCAGAACUAAAAGACACGGAUAAUGUAUAUGACUUGUACACAGGAUUAGGAAGUAUUGCACUUUAUGUCUCAUCCAAAGUCAAACACGUCACAGGAAUAGAAGAAAUACCUGAAGCCAUCGCUGAUGCAAAUGUCAAUAUGGCUUUUAAUGAAAUCACCAAUGCAACAUUUUAUGCGGGAGAUGUACGAGGGAUCUUGAAUGAAAGUUUUGUAAAAAAACAUGGCAAACCUGAUGUCGUCAUUACAGAUCCACCAAGAGUGGGAAUGCAUGAAGAUGUGGUCCAAACCUUACUUCAACUAGAAGCACCAAGGAUCGUGUACAUCAGUUGUAAUCCUGCUACACAGGCACGUGAUCUAGCUUUGCUAAGUGAGAAAUAUGAGACCAUUGCUAUCCAACCCGUAGAUAUGUUUCCACAUACACAUCAUAUAGAAAGUGUUGCUAAAUUAAAACUCAGAACC